ACUUUGAGGGAGGCCCCAAAACAUUCGCCAGCAAUUUUGACGAUGCCGAAUGAUGCAAAUCUCAGCAGGAUCCCAGCUGAAGCCCGGUCACUGUUGGACUAUUAUUCCAGUCACAUCAUCUAUAUAAUGACAAUGUCUCCUGGAAAGAAGCCUCCAUGGAAGAUUAUUCAUCUACCAUGUGCCAUGGGUGCACUUGCAGAAUUAAUGGUUUAUGGUGAAGCAAGCAGUUCAGCCAAAAUGGCCCUGUUCUAUGCCUUGCUUUCCAUCAGUUCCUUUCAUGUUGGCUUGGCUGAGAAAAACUCGUUAGAGAGAUCGCAUUAUUGGUACGAAAAGGGCAUCUCACACAAGGCAAAGUCAGAGGUCUAUUUGAGAUCGUCCUUGGACCAAACACUGCCGAAGUCUUCCAGGGGGAAAUACAAGGAGGUGUUGAUGAGUCUGCUAAGUAUGGUUACGAUUGGGGUAUUCAGCGGCAACAUGGAAGACUCUAAUAAAUAUCUUGCCGAGAGUGAGAAGCUGAUCCGAAACCAAGGAUUGUCUAAGCCGGUGAAGUCUCAGAAAGUCUCGAAGCUGCAUCGCAUCUUCUCUUAUCUUAGAAUCAUUGAAGAGAGCACAACACUUGAGCCACUAGAAGCUUCCAACCAAGACGAAAUCCGUAACCAAGUUUCCACUGGGCUGGAAUCAUCUCGAAGUGAUCUAAGUGUUCCUGAAGAUGAGCGGCAGAUAGUCAGUUCUAGACUUAACUGGCUGGAAGACGACGAGUCAGAUGAGGACUCGCUUUUCGUAUCUAUUUACCAGAUACCGACGACGCUCUUCAUGUUACUUUCUCAGACCUCUUCGCUUUGUAAAGAUCUUUCAUCUUUAAAGGUCUCGACUCCAGAGUUCAUUCGCAGAAGUCGGAUUACGGAAGAUCGCAUUUUCAACUGGCAGCCACCGGAGAACUUAGCUUUUAAAGACAAUAUACGAUACUUCAAGGAUAAAAAGGCGAACUCGUUAAGUUGCCAAAACUCUUCUGCCAUUUUUGCACAUAUUGUGGCAGCAAUGCAUCUUGCGUUAAUAAUACAUUUUCAGCGAAAAGUACGAAAAACGGAUCCCCGUGUUCUUCAACACUACAUCAUAGACGCAGCAGAUCAUCUUGUGAUGCACGAGAAGCUCAAAAGAGCCCUGAAAGUACGCACUACCGCUUUUCCAUGGCCAUCAUUCAUCUUAGGAUGCGAAGCGUACGACUUGACCGCUAGGCAGAAGGUCCGAGAAUACCUUGUACUUGUCCGAGAUUACAAUAUGGGCAGCCUCAUGGAAGUCGAGAGAGUUAUAAACGAAGUCUGGAGGCGUCAGGACCUCGGUCGAACGGACAUGUGUUGGGGCCAUGUAUUGAGAGACUGGGGACUGCGAAUUGUCUUGACCUAG